UUCUUUUCGAUUUUUUUCCGUUUUCAACAGUUUGUCUUUAGGGAAUAAUAAUGUAUUUGUAAAUAAUAAUAACAACAACAAUAAUAAUAAUACAACAACAUCAACAACAUCCAUAAAUUCCCAAAACACUAUAAACCAUAUGAACAACAAUAGCCACAGCAACAACAGUCUAUCGUCAUCAUCGUCGUCGUCAUUGGUCACAUCAUCGAUUGCAUCUGGUGGAUCAUUGCGUAAUUUAGCACCCAAUAGAUCAACACUAUUCGGUGGUGGUCCUGGUGGCAAUAGUAGUUAUAAUAGUAAUGGUAUUAAUGAAAAUACCAACACAAUCAGUCCAUCGGCCUCAGCUUCACCCUCACCACCCACUAAAUCGCCAUUGCCAACGUUGAAACCAAAUCAUGGCAAACCAAAUUUUGCCCCCAAACCACCAGGUUUGCAAAAAUUGGCUUUGGCUAAUAAUGGUCAAAGACCGGGUGUAGCUCGUCAUCAUAGUAUGAAAUCGCCAAGAUCACCUCCUAUAAGCGCUAAUACAGAAGUGGGAGGUAUAGUAUUUCCAACACAACAGCAUUUUGGUACUAUGCGCACACCUUUCGCCCAAUCACAGGAGGCCAUUAAUUCAGGUUUACGCACAGCACCACAACCGCCCUUAGGUCGGCCUACUGUGGCUCCUCCUAAACCUCCCAGCGUUAAACCACCACCACCUCCUACACCAGCCCGCAGUACUUCCAAUUCAAAUUUAAAUCUCUCCUCUAAUUCUGUAUCAUCAUCGAAUGCCGCUGGUCCCAUAAGUGCCGUUAAUACUGCUCUCAUAUCACAGGCUAGUAUUUCAUCAUCGCCCUCAUCAACUCAACCACCCUCCACUUCUUCGUCUACGAACAGUGUUUCCGCUUUAAGAGAUCAAUUCCGUUCGGGUGUAACAUCAACACCGCCACCACCACCUCCACCAUCAACGACAACGAAAACAACGAGUAGCCCUUUAAGCAGUAACAAAUCACCGAAACCUAUAAUAUUGAAUGGUGGACCCAUCAAUGCACCACCAUUGCCACCGCACAGAACAUGUCCGGCACCACCACCACCACUUAGACAAACAAGUAAUAAUACAUCCGGUGCCCCACCAGUACCACCACAACGUUACUCCUCUAUGCGUGGCAGUGCUCCAGGUACACCACCCACUGGCAUAACUGCAGCACCCACAUUUGGUGGUAAUAACAGCAGUAGCAGUAGCAAUAAUGCUGUUAGUCGUUUAGUCAUUGAUUUGGAAGCAAAAUAUGGUAAACAUUUUCACAAUGUUACCGAAUUUCCCAAGCCACCACCAUUUGUAAAUAUUCAAAAAGUGUAUCCUAGUCGAACAGUCAAAACAGCAAAUGGUAUGUAAAUAUACAAAGAA